GAAGACUGACCCGGACCGAGAGAGUGGGCUUGUGAGGCCGCAGAUCUGGGUGUCGAGAGGAAUUGCAUCACCUGGAAGGCGCGACCACAGACUGACCGGCGCAGGGCGCCUGACGUUGCAGGUUCUGAUCUUUGGUACUACGAGAGCUGCUCUUCAGCCCCUGCUCCUGGGCCUAUGGAUUCUCCAUCUAGCAUUUCUUCGUAUUCCUCCUCCUCUCUCUCCUCGUCAUUUUCCACAUCCCCUGUGAACAGUGACUCUGGCUUCCCCUCUGAUAAUGACAGGGAGGGCAAGAGCACCCAGGGGCUCAGGCCAGACGCUGCUGGGCAAAGGGGAGGCUCCCAGCCCAGUCCAGGCCCUAUCCGCUGCAGACAUCGACCCAGGAUUUCUAGUAACCAGCAUACAGCCUCUCAUCUGGAACAGCGAGGAUCUAGGGUCAAAAGAUCAAGAGACGGUGAAUUGGAGACCCGUCUACACACCGGGGGAUGUACCACAGAGGGAGACCUGCUUUUUGCUCAAAAGUGUAAAGAACUCCAAGGGUUCAUACGGCCCCUCACAGACCUACUGAAUGGACUGAAAAUGGGCCGCUUUGACAAAGGGUUGAGUAGCUUCCAGCAGAGUGUGGCCAUGGACCGGAUCCAGCGUAUCGUGGGGGUUUUACAGAAGCCUCAGAUGGGAGAACGGUAUCUAGGGACCUUGCUGCAAGUGGAAGGGAUGUUAAAGACAUGGUUCCCUCAUGUGGCUGCCCAGAAGUCAUCCUUAGGAGGUAGCAGGCAUCAGAUAAGCAAGCACUUUCCACGCCACCAGAGUGACUCGGCUGCUUCCUCCCCUGCACCUCUCAUGGAGAAGCUGGGCCAGACACAACUAGGACCUUUUCUUUUGAAACCAGCACAGCCGUGGCACCCCACAGAAUGGCCAGCGAUGAACCUCACCUGGACUCACAGCACUCCCAUUUGUAACCCUCCCCUCAGCUCCCAAGGCUCCGCCUCUAGCCACAGUUCCUCAGGCUCUGGGGCCAGCAUUGGUGUCAUCCUCGUCCUCCAGAAAGGAGGCCAGCCCUUCACCCACUCUGCCCCAGGCACUCCCAUCCCACCGGCCACACUGUCUCCUGUCACCCCUGGUGAGCUGAAGAAGCCGUCUGGAGAUGGAGAGGGGCCUUGUUGCCACAGUUUGCCAGCAACGGUGCCAUCAGACUGCAGCUGCACCCUCUGUCCCCCUGUCCUCCCUACCACUGUCGGCGAGAUGACGGCAGGACCCCGAGACCCACAGAUGAGCAGCCAUCCUGCAGCUGCCCCAGCCCUCAGCCCUAACCCAGGCUCUGCAACUGUCCUCUGAGCUCCAGUUUGUGUAAAUAUAUGUUUGUGGUUUUGUUUUUGUUUUUUUUUUAACUUUUAAUGUAUUUGUGGUGAGGAAAAAUACAUCCUUUCUGAUUAAAGACAUUUUUUACCUAAA